UCAGGUAGCCAAAGUUUUGGAGCUUCAGCUUCAGCUUCAGCAUCAGUCCUUCCAGUGAAUAUUCGGGGUUUAUUUCCUUUAGGAUGGACUGGUUUGGAAUUGAACAUACACUUUAAAAUGGUGAAGACGGCUACUUCCUCGUGCAUUUUAUCAGGAUUUCUAACUGCAUGUAAUUGUGUCAGUUAUGCCUUAAUAAAGUUGAUCUAAAAAAACGAACCAACAGCUUUAAAAAAAAGCCCAAGACCAGAUGGUGUAAUUCUGUGAAACGUUAAAGAAGUAUUAACAGCAAUUUCUCUCAAAAUCUUCCAAAAAGCUGAAGAAGAGAGACCACUUCCUAAGUCAUCCUACGCAUCACUGUCACAGGCUACCACAGCCGGAUGGAGGCCCAGCCAGCACACCCCGGCCAGCACCCGAUGGCCAGUGCCGGGCCCUCGGCAGGGUGGCACACCCCGGCCAGCACCCGAUGGCCAGUGCCGGGCCCUCGGCAGGGUGGCACACCCCGGCCAGCACCCGAUGGCCAGUGCCGGGCCCUCGGCAGGGUGGCACACCCCGGCCAGCACCCGAUGGCCAGUGCCGGGCCCUCGGCAGGGUGGCACACCCCGGCCAGCACCCGAUGGCCAGUGCCGGGUCCUCGGCAGGGUGGCACACCCUGGCCAGCACCCGAUGGCCAGUGCCGGGCCCUCGGCAGGGUGGCACACCCUGGCCAGCACCCGAUGGCCAGUGCCGGGCCCUCGGCAGGGUGGCACACCCUGGCCAGCACCCCUCGGCAGGGUGGCACACCCCGGCCAGCACCCGAUGGCCAGUGCCGGGCCCUCGGCAGGGUGGCACACCCUGGCCAGCACCCGAUGGCCAGUGCCAGGUCCUCGGCAGGGCAGAAGUACCCGACUAGAUACAGCAGAUCUCUAAAGGACUAUAUGCGAAGUGAGUUUUGUUCCCAGGCUGCAAGGGUGUUCCCCAAUAAGGAGCUCACCCUAUGAGACACCACAUUAAUAGAAUGACAGGCGGAGACCACGUGACCGUCUCAGUUGGUACAGAAAAAGCAUCUGCAAAAUCCAACACGAUAAAGCCCCGUGUGAAAACCCCACAGAUCACGCUGUCCUCAGUAUUGAGACUAGACCGAAAGGUUUUUUCCUCUAAGAUCAGGAACAAGAUAAAGAUGCUUGCUUUGCCUGCUAUUCAUUCAACUCGCCCUGGCAUUCUAGAGAGAGUAAUCAGACAAGAAAAAGAAGCGAAAGGCGUCCACACUGGAAAGGAAGAGGCAGACCUGGGUCUGUUCACAGACGACACGAGACCGGCUUUGGUGGCCCCCUCACUGCGUCUUCUCUGUGGGCCUGUCUGGUCGUGGGCGUUGUAGGAUAAAUGUCCAGGUGAUCGUGAGCCGUCAGAGCCUCCUAACCCGAGGCCCUCUCUGCCGUGCGCGCUCUGCUCCGGACGCGUGUCUUCAGUUCCUGUUAAUGUCCCAGCGGCGCCCGCACCCCCGUCCAAGGCCAGGCGUCACGCACCUGGACCGCAGACCCAGAUGUUUACCUGCCCACGUCGGGGCGGGAGCCCCGCAGAAAGAGAGGCUGACCAAGAUGGGACUCGUGCCCUCGUGCAAGGCCGCGCCCACUCCCCAUGGUGGCCUGCGAGCCCCUUGUGGCCUCGGUGUGCACAGCAAGUGGCUUUCGCCCGAGUGUCCCUCGGGCCCGCCCCAUUAUCCACCGCCUCCCUCCAGGGACCACGUCUCUCCUUGCAUGAGUUUCUGCUGGCCACCGGGUCCACCCCAGGGCUCCCGGCCUGCUCGCCUCCUUCUCCGCACAGACGCCUGGUGUUUCCACGCACACCUUGUCGCGGCUGUCUGCACUGAGCACCCGGAGCAGCUGCGGCGUCCCAGGCCGCGCUUUCCCAGUGGAGGCCUCCUCUCAGCGCUGGUGUUAGACUGUCAGGCUGCCACAGAGGGGCCAGGGCAGAAGCAACCAGGAGCACGGAGUCCCACCUGCCCACAGGCCUGCCGUCACCUGGGCCAAGCCCCGGGCCCCUGGGCACCGUGACCUCACCAGUGUGCCAGGGCCCCUGGGAGUCCCUCCCACCUGGCCACGGGGCGCACACAGGGCUCUCCAGGAGGGUCGUGAGCGCCGGGCCCUGGCAGGGCGGGCGGGGGGCUCACCUGGCACCCCUCACAGCUGCAAUCCCAGGCAGGUGGCCCUCGGCCCUCCCUGGUGGACACUCUCCUGCCUGCGCUCCUCAGGAUGGGCCCAGCCCAUGGGGACCUCCAGAUGCUCAGGGUCCUGCACAGCUGUGGGCCACCUGGGGGCUCCUGGGGCUCCACUGGCUGCAGGCCUCCUUCCCCAUCUUGCUCGCUCUGCCCCUCGGUUCGUUUCCAUCUUCGAGAACAAUGGGCUUGGCCCUGUGCGCACCUCUGGACCCCAGCAGGCUGCUGCCCUCUGCCCACCGCUGCGGGGCUGACUCUUCACUGCUGAGCCAGCGACGGGAUGCCUCCCAGCCCCACCUGGAGUGGCUGCCCCGCCUCAGGGCAGGAAGUGCUGAGGGAAGGGGGUCCCCGCCUCAGGGCAGGGACGGCUGAGGGGCGGAGGGACCAGGAAGAGGGGUCCCCACGGGGCUCCCCUCAGGCCUCAUCCUGCAUCGCACCCCCAGCAAACCCCUGGACAGGAGCCCCACGUCAGGGCCGCACCGCGACCCUCCGGGUCAAGGCCAAGGAUGUGAGGGCGGAGGCAGGCCCUGCCGUCUGCACCGUCUGCUCCCCUCCUGCCCCGGUCCUCACACUGAGCUGGGGUCCCCGCCUGGCAGGCUCCCCGCUGCUCGUCCGCCAGCAGCCCGGUCGAUUCCCAGCCCAGUGGGGUCUCCAUGGGGCAGCAGACCCCAGAGCUGCACCCUUACGCCUGCGCUCCUCAGCCCGGCCGCUCCUGGGCUGCAGCCAGGGCUCAGGUCAAGGUCAGCCAUGAAAGGAGCUUCUCUUUACUAUUUCUCCACAUCGCUUGGCACCUGGCCCCUUAGGUCCAAACCAGGGGUGGAGCCUGUGCCCCCUGCAUUGGGAGAGUGGAGCCUUAGCCACCAGACCAUCAGGGAGGCCCCGAAGAAGGAGCUUUAUUUCCACCAGCUCCUGCUGAAGGGCGCACCCCAGUGUAGCCCCCUUCUGUGAUGGACCCGAAGGGCCCCAAGAAGUCCCGCCAGGGAAAGAAAAGUAAGGCCAGGACACAGGAGAAGUUUGCCAGGAAAUUUCCAUACAGGUUCUCCUGGGUGACAGAGACCAGCUCGGAGCCCCUGCGGCCCUGGGCGCUCACGAAGAUGAGCAGCUUGCUGCGGGAGCAGCUGCCGCUGCAGAAGACGCUGCUGCCCACGAGGUCCAUCCCCGUCCGAGGGCUGGGGGCCCCGGAUUUCCCACCUCCGUCCUGCCUCCAGCCACUGCCAUCGCCACCAAGAAACCUCUGGGAGCUGGCGCUGCUGACCCGCCGCUUCCCCAGGCUUGCAGCACCCCUGCCCACCCCCCGAAGCCCCGCUCUGCACCACCAGUCUCUGGGCCACUCAGCCCCCAGGCGCUCGAGACAGUGGCCACUGGGCAGAGGUGACCUAUGGGGAGGCAAGGAGCCCUGGAGAGGUCGCCCGCGGAUACACGCUGCAGGUUCAUAGCCCUGGACGGUCGUCUGCACGCCGGCCCCACAUUCUCAUCCAUAAAAUGCGGUGACGGUCAGA